AUGGCUGCAACCAAGAUUGAUGGCACCGCCAUAGCAAAGAGCAUUAGAGAGCGCAUCGGCGAAGAUAUCAAGACAAAGCAAUCCCAAAACCCCCGCUUCAAGCCUGGCCUGACAAUUAUACAAGUGGGCGAUCGCUCUGACUCAAGCACCUAUGUGCGCAUGAAAUUGAAGGCUGCUGAGGAGGCAAACAUUAAAUGCAAGCUUGACAAGUACGACAUCACAAUCUCCGAGGCAGAGCUUCUUCAGGAAAUCGAAAGCCUCAACAACGAUCCUAAUGUUCACGGCAUCCUCGUGCAGUUGCCAUUGCCGGACCACAUCAACGAACAUGCCGUCACUUCCUCAGUACUGGAUGAGAAAGAUGUAGAUGGUUUCGGCGUAACAAACAUUGGCGAGCUUGCGAAGAAGGGCGGGCAUCCGCUGUUCACACCCUGCACACCCAAGGGAGUGAUGGUUCUCCUAAAAGAGGCAGGCGUGGACGUUGCUGGAAAGAAUGCUGUCGUACUUGGACGCAGCGACAUCGUCGGAAGUCCUGUCAGUUUCCUUUUGAGGAAUGCCGAUGCUACGGUCACCGUAUGCCACUCGAAGACAAAAGACCUGGAAGCAGUAAUUGAGCAGGCUGACAUUCUUGUGGCUGCUAUUGGGAAACCACAAUUCGUAAAGGGCUCGUGGUUGAAGCCUGGUGCCGUAGUCAUUGAUGUCGGUACGAACUACAUACCUGACGAGACCAAGAAGUCAGGACAGCGACUUGUUGGAGAUGUAGAUUUCGAUUCUGCAGUCGAUGUGGCCUCGCAGAUCACCCCAGUUCCUGGUGGUGUUGGUCCCAUGACGGUUGCAAUGCUUCUCCAAAAUGUUGUGGACUCAGCCACUGCUACUUUCGAUCGUGAGAAAGCCCGCCAUAUCAACCCAAUCCCGUUAAAACUGCAAACCCCGGUACCAUCUGACAUCGCUGUCUCUCGAGCACAACGACCCAACUUGGUGUCUCAUAUCGCUAAGGAUCUCGGAAUUCUGAACCACGAGCUGGAAGCAUACGGCGCGUACAAGGCCAAAGUCGAUCUCAGUGUGUUGAAACGGCUGGAACAUCGCCGCAAUGGCCGUUAUAUUCUCGUAGCCGGAAUUACUCCCACACCACUUGGAGAGGGCAAGUCGACAACAACCAUUGGUCUCACUCAAGCGCUGUCAGCCCACUUGAACAGAAUUUCGUUCGCGAACGUGAGACAGCCCAGUCAAGGGCCGACGUUUGGCAUCAAGGGUGGUGCUGCCGGAGGUGGCUUCAGUCAGGUCAUUCCAAUGGAUGAGUUCAAUCUUCAUUUGACUGGCGACAUACAUGCCAUCACUGCAGCCAACAAUUUGCUAGCGGCGGCGAUUGAGACUAGAAUGUUCCAUGAGAACACUCAAAGCGACAAAGCUCUGUACAGCCGUCUAGUCCCAACAAAGAAGGGAAAGAGAGAGUUCGUCCCAGUCAUGUUUCGCAGACUGAAGAAACUUGGCAUCGAGAAGACCGAUCCGAACGAACUCACAGAAGAAGAGGUCAACAAAUUCGCAAGACUAGAUAUUGACCCGGAAACCAUUACCUGGAAGCGCGUUCUUGACGUUAAUGAUAGGCACCUGCGCUCAAUCACCAUUGGCCAGGCACCUACGGAGAAAGGCAACACCAGACAGACAAGCUUCGACAUAUCAGUUGCGAGUGAAUGCAUGGCCAUUCUCGCUCUUAGCAAUGAUCUAAAGGACAUGCGCGAGCGAUUAGGCCGCAUGGUAGUUGCUAGCUCAAAGAGAGGUGACCCAGUUACCUGUGACGAUAUUGGCGCUGGCGGAGCGUUGACCGCAUUGAUGAAGGAUGCUAUCAAGCCCAACCUCAUGCAGACGCUUGAAGGCACCCCAGUAUUUGUUCACGCUGGGCCUUUCGCGAACAUCAGUAUCGGAGCAUCAUCGUCGAUUGCUGAUAAAAUGGCUCUGAAACUUGCUGGAACUGAGCAAGACGAGGAUCAUAAUGCUCGUACUGGAUUCGUCGUGACAGAAGCAGGCUUUGAUUUUACCAUGGGUGGUGAACGGUUCUUCAACAUCAAGUGCCGCUCUUCCGGUCUGGUCCCAGACACUGUUGUUAUUGUCGCAACAGUCCGCGCGCUCAAGGUACAUGGAGGCGGCCCACCAAUCAAACCAGGCGCCCAACUGGCUGAGGUCUACCGCACUGAAAAUAUCGAGACCUUAAGAGCCGGAUGUAUCAAUCUGAAGAAACAUAUCUCCAACGCUCGUCAAUUUGGGGUUCCAGUCGUCGUUGCUAUCAAUCGGUUCGAGACUGAUACGGAUGCCGAAUUAGCCGUCAUUAAGGAGGAAUCUAUAGCUGCCGGCGCCGUAGAUGCUGUUCCAGCAAACCACUGGGCUGAGGGUGGCGCUGGUGCAGUCGAUCUCGCCAAGGCUGUGAUCAAAUCCAGUGAACUGCCCAAGCCCGAUUUCAAGCUCCUCUACGACCUGGACGGCACCGUGCAGGAGCGUAUCGAGAAAAUCGGCAAGGUCAUGUACGGAGCGGCAGCGGUAGAAUUCAGCGAAUUGGCCCAGAAGAAGGUGGAUACGUACGUGAAGCAAGGCCUAGGAAACCUCCCAAUCUGCAUUGCGAAGACACAAUACUCAUUGUCGCACGAUCCUGACCUGAAAGGCGCCCCAGAAGGGUUCACGAUCCCUAUUCGGGAUGUGAAGAUGGCGGCUGGUGCAGGCUAUCUAUUUGCUCUAGCCGCUGAUAUUCAGACCAUUCCAGGUCUUCCGACAGCACCAGGAUAUCUCAACAUUGAUGUCGAUACCGAAACCGGAGAGAUUGAUGGGAUGUUCUAA